AAACCAUAGCAUUCAUUUUUGAAUUCGCAUUUGCGUUCUCAUUCAUCGUCUAAACCAUGCGCCACUGCGACUGCAUGCUCUGCUGAACUCUCAACUAUAUAAAUAUACAUAUAAUGCGCCGGCGGUGCGCAUGGAGAUAAGCUACGCAUCGCCAAGUUUCUACGACCUCCCCGCCGCCGCUGCCGUUGCUUCAACCAUGCCGUCCUCCGCGACCGGCGCACGUCCUGUAAGGAUCAUUCCUCUUCAGCAUCCGACCGCCACCUCGUCCUCGUCUCCGCCGGCGAACGUCGCCUUCGCGCGGUGGACCGCGAAGCUCAGGCAGAUGACGUGGCUCGAGUGGCUUGAGUUCUUCCUCCCUUGCCUACGCUGGAUUCGCAUCUAUAAAUGGCGCGAGUAUUUCCAGGUCGAUCUCAUGGCCGGAAUCACCGUCGGUGUCAUGCUCGUUCCUCAGUCGAUGUCGUAUGCAAAAUUGGCUGGACUUGAACCGAUAUAUGGACUCUACUCUGGUUUUGUGCCUAUAUUUGUGUAUGCCAUAUUCGGGUCUUCUCGCCAGCUUGCAGUAGGCCCAGUGGCAUUGGUUUCCCUCUUGGUAUCUAACGUGCUAAGUGGCAUAGCUGACUCGUCCAGUGAAUUAUACACAGAGCUUGCAAUAUUACUGUCCCUUAUGGUGGGGAUAAUGGAGUGUAUAAUGGGACUAUUGAGGCUUGGAUGGCUUAUUCGUUUCAUUAGCCAUUCAGUGAUUUCUGGCUUUACAACUUCUUCAGCUAUUGUCAUUGGUUUAUCUCAAGCUAAGUAUUUCUUGGGGUAUGAUGUAGACAGAAGUAGCAAGAUCAUUCCAGUAGUUAAGAGUAUAAUAGAUGGAGCAGAUAAGUUUUCAUGGCCACCUUUUGUGAUGGGAUCCAUUAUGCUUGCGAUACUACUUGUCAUGAAACACCUCGGAAAAUCAAGGAAGUACUUGCGAUUCUUGAGAGCUUCUGGUCCUCUUACAGCAGUAGUUCUGGGAACAAUUUUUGCUAAAGUUUUUCAUCCACCGUCAAUUUCUUUGGUGGGAGAUAUACCUCAAGGCUUACCAAAAUUUUCUGUUCCAAAAGCUUUUGAGUAUGCACAGUCCUUAAUUCCAACUGCUAUUCUCAUAACCGGUGUGGCUAUACUGGAAUCAGUGGGAAUUGCCAAGGCAUUAGCAGCGAAGAAUGGGUAUGAGUUGGAUUCAAAUCAAGAGUUGUUUGGUCUUGGUGUUUCCAAUGUUCUUGGUUCAUUCUUUUCAGCAUACCCCACCACAGGAUCCUUUUCAAGGUCAGCUGUAAAUUAUGAGAGUGGUGCAAAAUCUGGGGUAUCUGGGAUUGUUUCAGGAAUUAUAAUGAUCUGUGCACUUAUGUUUCUAACACCAUUAUUUGAGUACAUACCUCAGUGUACCCUUGCUGCUAUUGUGAUCUCUGCUGUGAUAGGUCUGGUAGAUUACGAGGAGGCCAUUUUUUUGUGGCGUGUUGAUAAGAAAGAUUUUAUUCUUUGGACCAUUACUAGCACUACAACAUUGUUCCUUGGCAUUGAGAUCGGUGUCCUUGUUGGGGUUGGGUUUUCACUUGCUUUUGUCAUUCAUGAGUCAGCAAAUCCACAUAUUGCUGUUUUGGGUCGUUUGCCUGGGACAACUGUUUAUAGGAAUGUUAAACAGUAUCCUGAAGCAUAUAAAUAUAAUGGAAUUGUAAUUGUUCGUGUUGAUGCUCCAAUUUAUUUUGCAAACACGAGUUUCAUAAAGGACAGGUUGCGUGAAUAUGAAGUUCAUGUUGAUAGUUCUAAAAGCCGUGGACCUGAGGUUGAAAGAAUUUAUUUUGUGAUUCUUGAGAUGGCACCUGUGACCUACAUAGACUCUAGUGCUGUUCAAGCUUUGAAAGACCUAUAUCAGGAGUACAAAUUACGGGACGUUCAGAUUGCAAUAUCCAAUCCAAACCCAGAAGUUCUGCUCACCCUGUCAAAAUCCGGUCUGGUGGAGUUGAUAGGUAAAGAAUGGUACUUUGUGAGAGUACAUGAUGCUGUGCAAGUUUGCUUGCAACAUGUUCAAAGCUUGAAAGCAGGAUCUGACAGUUCACACACGCCACUUUCUUCAUUAGAAGACAAACCAAGUUUGUUUGCUCGAUUGUCGAAAGAGAGAGCGGAGAAGUUUCCAGUUACCGACUUAGAAUCUGGUAAUGGCAGGCCGCCACUCCCCAAGGACAGAGAUUCCCAGUCGGAGCCAUUGUUGUCCAAAGAACGUUGAAGUCUGCGCUGCAUCGUAUGGUACAAAUUGUAUUUAUCCAUUCUUUAAAAAAAUAAUAGGUUAAACCCGGUGUUAUCAAGCCAAUGUUAAAAAAUAAUGUGUAAUAUUUGAUUGGCCGGUUGUUGUAAAAUGUACUUAAUGAGUUUUUAAGAAUGGUUUUAUUGUGUGACU